AUGGUUAAACCCAAGCAGGUAGGCCACCUCGUAAUCAACGUCACCGACGUUGCGGCAUCAACCAAGUUCUACACCGAAGUCCUUGGCUUCCAGAUCGCCGUCCAGCGGCCCACCGCCACCUUCCUCACCUGUGGCGACAUUCACCACGACCUGGCUCUGUUCCAGGCCGCUGACGAUGCUGCACCCAUGCGGAAGGGCAACGUCGGGCUGAAUCACUUCGCCGUGCAGGUCGAUGACUUUGACUCACUGCGCGACCUCUACCACACUCUCAAGGACAACGGCGUCGCGGUGGACCGCACUACCGACCACGGCAUGACGGGCAGCGUCUAUUUCGAAGACCCGGACGGCAACGGCAUCGAAUUCUACUAUGACAAGUUCAAUAACCCGGCCGACGGUCUGGCCGAAAUGCGGCGUAGCGACCGCGAAAACACCGUACUGGUCCUGGACUAA